AUGGACACCACAAAGAGCCUGACCGGAGAAAAAUGCGAGUUCAAAGCAUACCGUCACAGCAAAACGAAGAAUGGAGACGUCUCUAUUACCCCCAUUUCAAACCCAUUCGGCCAGGCUGAGUUGAGCGAUAAAGAUAGCUCUUAUGCUUUGAUUGUCAAUCGUUUCUUGGGAGAGAAAAACCAACUUGAGAAGACAACUCUGCAAGUCAAUUCUACCAGACUUCUUCAAGUCUUUCAAAAUUUGAUCGGUUCCUACCCAACUAUUCCAGCCGACUUUACACAGCCUUUUGAGCUUGAAAGCCCGUUCCAAAUCUUGCUUCACUAUUGGAAGGAAUUGGACCAACUUCGAAAGUCAACGAAAGAUGCAGAUGAGCGUAUGCACCUGAACUUAUUGGUCGACUUCAUGAAUAACGAAAUUGGUCCCGAACGUGAUCGACUCCUGAGUAUGCUGCGGAAAAACCAAAUCACAUUCUAUGAUGCAUGGUGCAUCUUCCGUCCCGGAGACUUGGUAUACACAGAGUUCAUGGGCCAUCCCUGGCUUCUGAAAUGUAAGAAAACCGCCUACGAAGAAACCCUCGAGAGCGGUCCUUAUAUGGAGGUCCACUGCACUUACACCAGUCAUGAUGGCACCCUGGAAGGUGAAGCUUCGCGUACUUUCCUUAUCUACCAAAAAAGUGACUUCGCUGCCGAAAACCCGGCUAUUAUCACUGACCUUCCGUGCUAUCCACGUAUCUUUGUCAAAGAACAGGAAGAUCUCGAAGAGCGAAUGACUGCCCGAGGUCAAAGUUUCCUCGCAUUGAAAGUCCGUGUUCAAGUCAAGACACCCGACCCGCUGCUCUGCCCUCCAUAUGAAGUUGGAUUUUCUCUUCCUCGCAAGGAAUGGUGCCGAUUUUUUAUCAAAGAAAUACGUGAGGUUCAAUGGAAAGAAAAUGCUUGGGAUUCAUUGAUCAUUGGCGAUCACGAAAAGCUCGUUCUUCAGUCUCUGGUGACAUCCCACUCGUACCCCGAUGACUCGCGAGACCAAAUUUUGCAAAAAGGCAAGGGCCUGGUGAUUCUUCUACAUGGUUCUCCCGGUUCUGGAAAGACACUGAAAGCAGAGACUGCGGCCGAAGGCACAAGAAGGGCUCUCAUGAUGGCGUCUCUAGGAGAGUUGAAUAAGUCGGACAAUCCGUGGGCUUUUGAGCGCAGUCUCAAGCUGCUUCUGCAGUAUGCGACCGUAUGGAAAACAGUCGUCUUGAUGGACGAGGUGGAUGUUUUCCUGGAGGCUCGAGAGGAUCAUGGAGCCAGCGCACACCGAAACGCUCUUGUUGCCGUUUUUCUGAAAGAGUUAGAAUACUUCAGCGGCAUCGUUUUCCUCACCACUAAUCGGAUCAAGUCCUUUGACAAAGCCAUGAAAUCUCGCAUUCAUCUCGCUCUGAAAUAUACUCCGCCCGACGAUGCUAUCGACUCAUUUGUGUCGGUUAAGAUGAACGGCAGAGAGAUCACCAACACUGUGCAUACUGCACGAACAAUCUCACGUUUCCAGAACAAAUCUCUUGAUAUUGAACAUAUAGAAACGGUGCUUGGCAUUUGGAAGAGUUUUGACAAGAGUCUUGAAGAAAUCAAAAGAAUGAACACUCAAGUUACGGAAAUGAGUACUGGUGUUGUGGUUGGACGGACAAACUCCAUUCUCGAGGAUGAUGAACCUGGGUUUCGGUCAUGA